AUGGCUUCAAGUUCCCGACCGAACCCGAACCCCUUAUCAAGGGCGUAUACAAAGCAAUCCUCGCCGUCGUCCGCAGAAGACUUCCACGCCGCAGCCGACGCGCAGCUCGACUUCCGCACAUUCGUCGACGUGCUUCGCCGGGACGACGACUUAGCCGAGAUAGACGUCGAGGUCGACCCACAUCUCGAAGUAGGCGCUAUCGUGAGGCGCGUUAGCGAGUUUAAUGACAAAGCACCACUCUUCAACAACGUCAAAGGUGCGAAGAAAGGAGGCCUCUGGCGCAUGUUUGGCAACGCAGCGAGCCUUAGGAACCACGACGCUGAGAAGUAUGGGAGAGUGGCCAGGAACCUAGGGCUCCCCGCCAAUGCUAGCUGGAAGGCCAUCUCCGACCGUUUCAGGAAUAUCAAGCAGGCAACCCCUCUGCCGCCCAACAUCCUGCCAACGGGGCUCUGCAAACAGAACAAGCUCGUGGGGGACCAGAUCGACCUCGACAGCCUGCCCGCACCCCUGCUACAUGAGGGCGACGGCGGCAAGUACCUUCAGACAUACGGGAUACACAUCCUCCAGACACCUGACGGUUCGUGGACCAACUGGUCCAUCUUCCGCGGAAUGGUCUACGACCGGAACCACCUCGUUUGCCUCGUGGGGCCAGGUCAGCACAACUCAAUCAUUCGGCAAAAAUGGCUGGAUGCGGGCAAGACGGAGAUUCCGUGGGCGCUGGCCCUUGGGGUGCCGCCGGCAGCGAGUAUUGUGGCGGCUAUGCCGGUGCCAGAGGGCGUCUCCGAGAGUGAGUACGUCGGGGCUGUUGUGGGCAAGCCGCUGGACUUGGUCCGGUGCGAGCUCAGCGACCUCCUUGUUCCAGCUAACAGCGAGAUCGUCCUCGAGGGCGUGUUCUCGUUAACACAGACGGCGCCCGAGGGCCCUUUCGGGGACUAUCUUGGGCUCGUGUUCGACAAUGACCAGCGCAUGAGCCCCUUGUUCAGAGUAGAUGCGAUUACCUACCGAGACGACGCGAUUCUCCCUGUUUCUGUACCAGGUAGAAUCACAGAUGAGUCGCAUACCACCGCUGCCCUGGCCGCCUCGGAGCUCCUGACACUCUGCCAUGACCAUGGCUUCCCCAUCAAGGAGGCCUGCGCGUCACUUGAAACUAUGGCUACCUGGUGCGCCCUCCAGGUCGACGGCGAGGCACUACGUCGCUUGGGGACCAAUUCGCGAGACUUUUGCCGUCAACUUGGCGAAGUGGUUUUCCGUGACAAGAGCUGCAUGCUUAUCAACCGCAUCCUGCUUGUAGGCGAGGAUGUAGACGUCUACAACUUCCGAGACGUCAUGUGGGCUUUCGUCACUCGAUGCCGCCCCGGCAUUGGGGACCACUUGUUCGAGGACCUCCCUGGGUUCUACCUGACGCCGUACAUGUCGCAUGGACCAGGGUCGGACCCACGGAAGGGUGGCAAGCUUAUCUCCGACUGUCUACUUCCGAUGGAGUACGCCGGAGAGAGGACGUUCCGGAAGGUGGACUUUGAGACGUCAUACCCCGCCCAUGUAAAGGACAAGAUCAAAGCGGCUUGGCGCGAUAUGGGAUUCACAAGCUAG